AUGACUUGGGCACCAGCACAAGGUGAAUUAGAACAAGUUCUCACUUUACUUAACCAAACACAUUCAGGAAGUACUGAAGUACAAAGAGAUGUUCAUAUACAAUUAGAAAAAUUAUCUAAACAUCCACAAUUUAGUUUAUAUUUAACAUAUAUUCUUAGUACUAUGAAAACAAUAGAUGAUGCAAGUAGAUCUGUUAGUGGUUUAAUAUUAAAAAAUAUAGUAAAAAAUAAUUGGAUGAAUUUACCUGAUAAUAUAAAAGGAUAUAUAAAAGAAAAAUGUUGUGAGACAAUAUCUGAUUCAUCAUCCCUUAUAAGGGCAAUUAUUGGUAUUUUGAUUACAACAAUAUAUACAAAAGAAAAAGGUGCAUGGGUUGAAGUAUUAUAUUAUUUAAUAAAACUUCUUGAUAGUAAUGAGUAUUCGGUAUUAGAUGGUACAUUAGGUGCAUUACAAAAAAUAUGUGAAGAUUCUGCAUUAAAUAUGGAAGAACAACAUGUUGAACGUCUUAUAACACCUGUAUUAAGAUUUUUUAAACAUGAAGUUCCAAAAUUGAGAACAGUUUUUCAACUGGCAAAUGAUCAAGAUCCUGAAGUACUAAAACAAUUAUGUCGUUGUUUAACAUUAACAAGUGAAACAUUUUUUGAUAAAAUUUUACCACAAAUGGAUAAUAUAAUGAAUUUUAUGAUACAUAAAACAAAAGAUCAAAAUGAAGAAAUUGCAUUAGAAGCUUGUGAAUUUUGGUUAACAUUAACUGAUCAUGCAGAACAAGAUCAAAAUAUUUUAACACCAAUUUUACCACAAUUACUUCCUGUAUUACUAGGAUGUAUGAAAUAUACACAACAAGAUAUAAUGUUACUUAAGGGUGAUGUAGAAGAUGAUAGUAAAGUUCCUGAUAAAGAAGAAGAUAUAAAACCUAGAUUUCACCGUGCAAAAACCCAUGGUUAUCAAAGUCAAGAGAAUGAAAAUCAAUUAUUAUCCGCAAUUGAACAGUCAAGUGCAAUUUCAUUAACUAAUUGUCAUUUUAAUAAAGAUGAAAAUAUUUGUGAUGAGGAAGAUGAGGAUGAAGAUGAUACUGAUUGGAAUUUAAGAAAAUGUGCCGCUGCAACAUUAGAUGUAAUCACUGGUAUAUUUGGUGAUGAUUGUCUACCAAUUAUUCUUCCAUUAUUAAAAGACUUACUCUUUCAUAAAAAUUGGGAAUAUCGUGAAAGUGGUAUAUUAUGUUUAGGAGCAAUUGCUGAAGGUUGUAUAACGGGAAUUAUCCCAUAUCUUAAUGAACUUUUUCCAUAUUUAAUUGAAUCACUUAAUAGUGAAAAAGCUUUAAUUCGAUCAAUUACCUGUUGGUCUUUAUCAAGGUAUUGUCAAUAUAUUUGUCAGGACACAUCAAGUCAAGCAUAUUUGUUACUUUUAAAAGGUCUCCUAUCACGAAUGUUAGAUUCAAAUAAGAGUGUUCAACGUGCAGCAUGUUCUGCAUUUGCCAUACUAGAAGAAGAAUCUGAUACCAUAUCUAAAUGUUUUAAUCUUUAUCAAACCAAAAAUUUGUUAAUACUUUAUGAUGCUGUUGGAACAUUAGCAGAUACAAUAGAUGAUGAUUUAAAGAAUCCAUACUUUAUCACAAAAAUAAUGCCGAUAUUAAUGACAAAAUGGGGAACUGUAGAAGAUUGUAACCGUGAAUUAUUUCCUCUUUUAGAAUGCAUGUCUUCUGUAGCUAAUGCACUUCAUGAAAGUUUUAUUCCAUAUAGUGAACCAAUUUUUGAUCGUUGUAUUAAAUUAAUUCAUUUAUCAUUGAAUAAUAUACAAUUAACUGGAAUUGCUGAUGCAUCAAAUAAUUAUUUUGAUCGUGAAUUUAUAAUUGUUAGUUUAGAUUUAUUAUCAGAGUUGACAGAAGCUCUUGGUGUACAUGUUUCACCAUUACUUAGAAAAUAUGAUAUUGUAACAAUACUAACACGCUGUUCUAUAGAUUCUAAUGAUGAGGUAAAACAAAGUGCUUUUGCAUUUUUAGGUGAUGUUGCUAAAAACUGCCCACAAAUAAUUGAAAAUCAUUGUCAUCCAUUUGUUAAGUUAUUAGUAUCUAAUUUUACUGAAAAAAAUACUUCAUUAAUGAAUAACGCUAUAUGGGCAUUUGGUGUUAUAACAUCAAUAUUAAAAGAUCAAGUUGAUAUGUAUGUUCAAAUUGUUGUACCAAUAUUAGUAGCAAUAUUAAAUCAUGAGAAAGCUCAAAAAACAGUUUUAGAAAAUACAGCUAUUGCAAUUGGAAGACUAGGAAUAUAUUCAGCACAAAAAGUAGCUCCACAUUUAUCAUCUUUUAUAAGACCAUGGUGUUUAUCAUUAAGAAGUGUUAGAGAUAAUGAAGAGAAACGUGCUGCUUUUGAAGGACUUAUUUGUAUGAUUCACUAUAAUCCAAAUGGUAUUUUGUCAGAUUUUAUAUUCUUUUGUGAUGCUGUUAGUUCAUUUAAUACUCCACCAGAAAAUUUACGUGCGCAAAUUUCAGCCAUUCUCAAAGGUUUUCGCAUGCAAGUUGGCGACAUAUUUUGGAGUCAAUUUUUCAAUCAUUGCCCACCUGGUUUACAACAAAAACUUAGUGUAUUCUAUGGUGUAUAA